CGAGGGAGGGGAAGAGGAGGAGCUGCCUGGCGCACGCGCAGUGCGCGCGGCUGGGGAAUUCAUGUGGAGGUCAGAGUGGAAGCAGGUCUGAGUGGGUCCAACAGAAGGAAAUAUGGCUGCCAAAGUGUUUGAGUCCAUUGGCAAGUUUGGCCUGGCCUUAGCGGUUGCAGGAGGCGUGGUGAACUCUGCCUUAUAUAAUGUGGAUGCUGGACACAGAGCGGUCAUCUUUGACCGAUUCCGUGGUGUACAGGACAUCGUGGUAGGGGAAGGGACUCACUUUCUCAUCCCUUGGGUGCAGAAACCAAUUAUCUUUGACUGCCGCUCUCGACCACGUAACGUGCCAGUCAUCACUGGUAGCAAAGAUUUGCAGAACGUCAACAUCACACUGCGGAUUCUCUUCCGGCCUGUUGCUAGCCAGCUUCCUCGGAUCUUCACCAGCAUUGGAGAGGACUAUGAUGAACGUGUGCUGCCGUCCAUCACCACAGAGAUUCUCAAAUCAGUGGUGGCACGUUUCGAUGCUGGAGAACUGAUCACCCAGAGAGAGCUGGUUUCCAGACAAGUGAGUGAUGACCUUACGGAGCGAGCAGCAACCUUUGGGCUCAUCCUGGAUGAUGUCUCCCUGACACAUCUGACCUUCGGGAAGGAGUUCACAGAAGCGGUAGAAGCCAAACAGGUGGCUCAGCAGGAAGCAGAGAGGGCCAGAUUUGUGGUGGAAAAGGCUGAGCAGCAGAAGAAGGCAGCCAUCAUUUCUGCUGAGGGCGACUCCAAGGCAGCUGAGUUGAUUGCCAACUCACUGGCCACUGCAGGUGAUGGCCUGAUUGAGCUGCGCAAACUGGAAGCUGCUGAGGACAUUGCAUACCAGCUCUCGCGCUCUAGGAACAUCACCUACCUGCCAGCAGGGCAGUCUGUGCUCCUCCAGCUGCCCCAGUGAGGCCUGCCCUGCCUGCGCCUCCUUAGGCUAACUGGACCAUAGCACUCAUGAUUCUGAACACUGCUUUCUUUCUGACCCCACCCCAGAAAUCACUGUGAAAUUUCAUGAUUGGCUUAAAGUGAAGGAAAUAAAAGUAAAAUCAUUUCAGAUCUCUAA